UCACAAUUCUGGUUAUCAGUCGAUAUAAUGGCAAUUGAAUGGAAAGAAGGUUGUUUGAAUGCGCUGGGUUGCACAGAAUCUUGGUUCAAAAUUUCUGAAUGGGAUUUAAUAAAUACUGAACGGGUUUCUGCAAGUUGGCCCGUUAACCGCAAUCACAAUCUCGAGAAUGUAGCAUCAUUCGUUAGCUUUUGGAGUAGUGGUUCACCAAGUGAUGUAAUAUUUCGAUGCGAUGUGUCAGGUGUUGAUCCUUUGUAUGGAUUUUCACGUACCUGUGAUUUCACUCGAACUUCUCGAAUUUUUCAUAAUGAGGCAAAACUUAAGUUUGAAUCGGACGAAAAUCGUCCACCAAUUUCAACAUCACCAGUGGCUGAAGGGAAAAUGGUUGUUGAAUUGAAAGGAAAAUGCUUUAAUACAACACUGGCUAUUCAAAAACAUGAACGAUUGUGUCCAUGGUGUUCAGAUCCUAGCGAAUUUGCUGUCGUUCGACAGGCAUCCGAGAUGGAAUACCAAGGAAGUUUCUUCUACCAAAUAAUGAACCACGACAGUCUUUUGAGUGCAAGUAUCAUAGCUCUUAUAUUUAUUACUAUAAUAAGUUCAACAGGAUUCUCUUGUGUUCUGAUCGCAUAUUUACGCCAAAGAAAAGCACUCUUUCCUUUACUAGUGAAAAAAUCUACACCAAAUCAGCAUUCAGUUAUUCUGAAUAAUCAGACGAGGUGUAAUUCUUUGUUGAAUUCUACAGCGGAAAGCAAAUAUGAAACGCCAUGGGAUUACAAUGAUCCGCUUGCAUCCUACUGGAUGGUUUCCGCUCCAAAUACUAAACUCACAUUACCAAUACCAAACGUCACGACUUCCGUCAAUCAGUCUAAUAUGACAAAUUAUCGUUCCAAAAUACGGAUUGUACCAGAUAAAACUUUGAAUGAAGGAUGCUAUAAUAGAUCAGACUAA